UUUUCAAUUCAUCUUCUCUGCUCUGUGCACACAGGAACACCAGAUUGCCAUCCCUGGGGAACAGAAUGCAACCGGGGAUCUAGAGAGCUGUCACAUUCCAAGAAAUAUUUAAAUUGUGCUGAUUUUCUUCUGGAGAACUGAGCCCAGGGAAUGACACUCUCCAUCAAGUCAUAGCUUUGCGGGCAAUAGAUCAGAGGAUAUUGCCAGUUUUCUAAUGGAUUAUUGUUAUCGGGCAGGUUUUCUCUGAAGACUCAAGCAGAAAACACAACUCUGAUUUUGCCUGAGAAGGAUUAUCAACAGAACCUAAAACGAGAGAAUGUUUAAAUUUCAUCAAAUGAAGCAUAUUUUUGAAAUACUGGAUAAAAUGAGAUGCCUGCGAAAACGUUCUACAGUGUCAUUCUUGGGAGUUCUUGUCAUUUUCCUUCUUUUUAUGAACUUGUUCAUUGAAGACAGCUAUGUUUUGGAAGGAGACAAACAGUUUAUAAGGGAAACACCCACACACCAGCUGAAUUCAGAACGCUAUGUGCAUACGUUCAAAGAUUUAUCUAAUUUCUCAGGUGCUAUCAAUGUCACCUAUCGCUACCUAGCAGCCACGCCUUUACAAAGAAAACGGUUUCUUACAAUUGGACUUUCAUCAGUAAAACGAAGAAAAGGAAACUAUUUACUUGAGACAAUCAAGUCCAUUUUUGAGCAAUCCAGCUACGAAGAGCUGAAGGAAAUUUCAGUUGUGGUUCAUCUAGCAGACUUUAAUUCAUCCUGGCGUGAGGUCAUGGUCCAGGAUAUUACACAGAAAUUUGCUCACCAUAUUAUUGCAGGAAGAUUAAUAGUUAUACAUGCUCCAGAGGAAUAUUACCCAGCCCUGGAUGGCCUUAAAAGAAAUUACAAUGAUCCAGAAGACAGAGUCAGAUUUCGUUCUAAGCAAAAUGUAGAUUACGCUUUUCUCCUUAAUUUUUGUGCCAACACGUCAGACUAUUAUGUAAUGCUUGAAGAUGAUGUUCGAUGUUCAAAAAAUUUCUUAACUGCCAUCAAAAAAGUCAUUACAUCCCUCGAAGGAACUUACUGGGUAACUCUUGAGUUCUCUAAGCUUGGCUACAUUGGAAAACUUUAUCACUCUCAUGAUCUCCCACGUUUGGCACACUUUUUAUUAAUGUUUUAUCAAGAAAUGCCUUGUGAUUGGCUUUUGACUCACUUCCGGGGUCUGUUGGCUCAGAAAAAUGUUAUCCGCUUUAAGCCAUCUCUCUUUCAGCACAUGGGUUAUUAUUCAUCAUAUAAAGGAACUGAGAAUAAGCUAAAGGAUGACGAUUUUGAAGAAGAGUCAUUUGACAUCCCUGAUAACCCUCCAGCAAGUCUAUAUACCAACAUGAAUGUUUUCGAAAAUUAUGAAGCAAGCAAGGCUUAUAGUAGUGUUGAUGAGUACUUCUGGGGGAAACCACCUUCAACAGGAGAUGUCUUUGUGAUUGUAUUUGAAAAUCCAAUUUUAAUUAAAAAAAUUAAAGUGAAUACUGGAACAGAAGAUCGGCAAAAUGACAUUUUACAUCAUGGAGCCCUAGACGUUGGGGAAAAUCUCAUACAAUUGAAACAAAAUAGACAAUGUGUUACUUAUGUAAGAUUAGGGGAUUUCAAAAAUGGGAACUUUGAAAUGUCAGAGGUGAAUCAAAAAAUUCCAUUUGAUAUACAUUGUAUAAGGAUAUAUGUUACCAAAACACAAAAGGAAUGGCUGAUUAUUAGGAGUAUUAGCAUUUGGACUUUUUAGCCAAUUAACUCAUUCUAUCCAUUCUGAAACAGGUCUUCCUGUUUCCUGUUUUGCUACCUUCCUCUUUUGCUACCUUUGUCUUUUGGAGGGAAAGCAAUGGAUUGUGAAAUAUACCUGAUAUGAAUUUUUGGAGGAAACCAUUCAACCCACGACAGGCAGUUUUGAUCCAAGAAGUAACACGCUACAUAAUUUUAAAAUAUUGUGCCCUUGUAUUUUAAAAGAAAAGUCAAUUAUCUCAGCAGUUUUAUUUGCACAUUGUCAACACAUUUUUUAAAUACUCUGAUGUACAUGUAUUUAUUUUAACUUCUGAAGUCCAUAGCUACUCUCAUUAUAUUUUUAAUAUCAUCAUGUGAGUUCCAAAAUUUCAACCAAGUGUCCAAAAGGUGGCAUGAGAGAUUUAAAAUGAGAAAAUUUAGUGUGUUGGAUGGCAAGUCUUGAAAAAUAGCUGCCAACUCUGUGCACUUCCUCAAGAAUUGAUAAUUCAUUAUAUCAUCAGAAAGCUUUUAUUAAGCAUCUCUGUGACUCUGCAGUUGGCUAUAAUUAUAAUCCAUGUUUUCUUCCAUGUAAACUUAGGUUUCCAUAGAAUUCUGUACAUCUACAAUGAAUAUCUCCUCAUAGAAGUGAUGUUUUUACAAGAGAAUUUUGUGCGUAGGUGGGGUGAUGAAAAGGAAAAAAAGAUGACUUAACAAAUAUCUCUUCCCAGAUUAUUUAUAUGAAGGGGGAUAUUGUUCAUUGUAUAAAAACACUUAAUUGAGCACAUAUUGUUAAUAAAUUUUCUGUGGGAAGCAGUCUUUUUCUAGUUUCCCUUUUGCAAAAAAGAAUAAUUAUGCUCAAUAUUUUCAGGUUACAUUAGGUACCUGCAUUUAAUAGAAGAAAUUAGAGAGGGCCUGUAGUUAGUUCAUUCUUAAAAACAUUUUCAGUAUAUGCAGAAAACUUUUUACAUUGAUUUUAUAUGUUUUGUAUUAAAAUUCAUAUGACUGAAAUCAUUGUGAUCUAUCAUAUACUUUUUUUGGAAUUUAAAUGGACAUCUUAUACAGGCAAAAAAGUGAGAAACAUAGAAAUCAGUAGGUUUUUCUACACCCAGAGAUAGUUCAUAGCAAAGCCAGAAUAAGAAAUCAGAUACUGUGAUAUCUAUACAAUGCUCUUCCCCUUGUAUGGAGAUUGAUCCUUGCAUAAUUUAUGCCUUCUGUUCUCUACUACAUGAGUCUCAGAUAAUAAGGUAUGCGAUCUGGAAAUAGCUGAUAUAAUUCUUCCCUAAGUCAUAUAAUCAUUCUUAGAAGAAGCCUAAAGUAUCCUAAAUGAUGCUUUUGGGGAAUAUGUACCCAAAUGAUAAGCAAACUUGACUAAAUUUUACUAUAAGGAACCGGACAAUUGUGUCUACAUCAUGUGCCCUUUAAAGCAAUUGAGAACAACUUAGUACAUCUUAAAGAUAUGGGUCUUUCAGAAUGUUCUGCGUUUGUGUUAUCCUAUUUUGUAAAACACAGCAAAGGCGAAGGGGUUUGUUGUGAAAAGAAAGUAAGAGUUCUCACAGGUGUUUAUGCAGAGACUCAAAUAUAUGUUUACAUAGAUGAAUGUCUGUGAGUGUGUCUGCAUGUGUUUGUGUGUGUGAAGGCUAGACUGUGAUACUAAGAAGGAAUGAGGAAUUUUAUUUCUUCCUUCUAACCUGAAACUAAAACCUUAGGACUCACUGUUAUGCUACAGUCCAAAAAAUAUUGGAAAGUAUUUGAUUCAUUUUAUCUAAAUUAAUGAAAUUAGAAACUCACUUUAAAAAAUAGGAAGUGUUUUUGUUUUAUUGGUACAAUAAUUACUGUGUAUUUCUUUUGCACCCAGUUGCUAUAGUCUUAAAGUUAUAAGAAAAGACGAACACUGCCACUUAACUAUUAUCUUUACCUUGAAAUGAGGAUAUUUGCCAGACACUUAGGAUAUUCUGUUUCCCUUGGCUUUUCUCAUCCUCUUUUAUUA